AUGCCUCCUAAACAACAGCAACCAAGUAAAAAGACGGUUGACAAAGCAAAAGCAAAAAUCGUUGAGGAUAAAACAUUUGGUUUGAAGAACAAAAAAGGUAAUAAAAAUCAGAAAUAUAUCGCACAAGUACAAAAUCAAGUGCAGAAUGCUGGCAAAUCAGCCCGAGAAAUUGCAAAAAUGCAAGAAGAAAAAGAAAAACGAAAAGAAGAUAAGAAAAAAGCUGAAGCUGAAAUACAAUCACUGUUCAAACCAGUUAUCGUUCAACAAACUUUAGCUGCUGGAGCCGAUCCCAAAUCGGUUUUAUGUAUGUACUUCAAACAAGGAUCAUGUACGAAAGGCGCAAAAUGUAAAUUUUCACAUGAUCUCGCUGUUGAACGUAAAGCUGAGAAACGUAGUUUGUAUGACGAUGUGCGCGAAGGCGGAAAUAAAGAAAAUGAAACAAUGGCAAACUGGGAUGAAGCACAAUUAGCUGACGUUGUCGAAAAAAGACACGGUGAAGAUAAUCGUAAGAAGAAUGCUACUCAAAUUGUUUGCAAAUAUUUCCUUGAAGCUGUCGAAAACAGCACUUAUGGAUGGUUUUGGACUUGUCAAAACGGUACAGCAUGUCAAUAUAAACACGCUCUACCACCGGGCUUCAUGUUGAAACGCGAUCGAAAACUAUUGGAAGAACAAAAAGAAACAAUUUCACUGGAAGAUCUUAUUGAAAGUGAACGUGCAUCGUUAGGUUCAAAUGUGACGAAAGUGACUCUCGAAUCAUUUCUUGCAUGGAAAAAACGAAAAAUCGAAGAAAAGAAACAACAAUUAGUCAAAGACGAAGAAAAAAAACGAAAUGAGUUUGUUAAACACGGUCGUCUAGUCGGUCUAUCCGGUCGUGAAAUGUUCACAUUUAAUCCUGAUCUAAUCGCUAAUGAUGAUGAAGAUGCAGACAAUGAUAUUGAUUAUCGACAUCGAUCAGAUGAUGAAGAAGAAGAAGAACAGCCAGCAGAUGAUGCAACUGCACAAGGAGCUGCAUCGGUUGUACGAAAAGCAGCUAUUCGCGAUUUGAAUGAUAUUGAUUUACUAGCACAAGAAGCUCGAGAAGUAGACAAUACAGGCACGAUAGCAAGCGAAGAUCGAUUUGAGAACUAUCGACGAAUUGAACAAGAAAAACAAGCAAGACGAAAGGCAGCUGCUGAACAAGCUGCCUUUGCUGAAGGAGCAAGUGAAUUUAAUGAAGCAACUGGGGGUGGUGCUGCCGCUGCCGCCGCCGUUUCAACUUGUGAUGACAUAGUCGUAACAGUUAACAAUGAUGAUGACAAUGAUGACGAUGAAGGCAACGAAGAAGUACAAAUCGAUGAAGAUUUAUUCGGCGAUGAUCUUGACGAUGUUGAAGAGCAAUUACGUGAAACAAAUUUAGAAUCAUAA